AUGGGGAAUGACGGCCUAUCAAAGACUACGCUUGCAAGGUUGUUUCAUACCGUAGCGUUUGAAGAACCAGAUACAAGAAUAUCUUCCAAGACUUUGGAACUCUCCAUUGAGUAUCUUAAGAUUUUCACAAAAGAAGCGGUCAUUAGGGCGGAUGAAGUGAGGAGAGAUCGAAAUGGGCAAGUUCGUUCCAAAUACAACAUCAAACUAGAAAAUGUCGAAGAUCAACCCAUAGAAAAUACCGAUUCAAAUGGUGGGAUACUGGAUGUCAAUCACCUGAGUCAAAUAUCAGGAAGUCUAAUUUUAGAUUUCUAA